CCCCACGUGGCAGAGAAGAUCGCCCACCGGCAGACGGUGCGGAUAGGGCGCACCAUGAAGCUGCAGUGCCCCGUGGAGGGAGACCCUCCACCACUCAUCAUGUGGGCAAAGGAUGGCCGCAACAUCCACAGUGGCUGGAUGCGCUUUCGGGUGCUUCGUCAGGCACUGCGCAUCAAAGAGGUGGAGGCCGAAGACUCAGGUACCUUCAUCUGCAAGGCCACCAAUGGCUUCGGCAGCGUCAACAUCAACUACACCCUCAUCGUCGUCGAGGAUGCCAGCACUGGGAGGGAUGGAGCAGGAACAGCGGGAGGCCCAGAAUACCCCACUGACCUCUCAGGGAAACUGGUCCGACCGCGCUUCACGCAGCCAGCCAAGAUGAGGAAGCGCGUGAUCGCCCGGCCGGUGGGCAGCUCAGUACGGCUGAAGUGCACGGCCAGCGGGAACCCUCGUCCGGACAUCGUGUGGCUGAAGGACAACAAGCCGCUGACCCCUGAGGAGGUGGGUGAGGGGCGUAAGAAGAAGUGGACCCUGAGUCUGAAGAAUCUGACCCCUGAGAACAGCGGGAAGUACACCUGCCAGGUCUCCAACCGGGCUGGAGAGAUCAACGCCACAUACAAAGUGGAAGUCAUCCAGCGGACAAAUUCCAAGCCUAUCCUGACCGGCACCCAUCCGGUGAACACCACGGUGGACUACGGCGGUACCACCUCAUUCCAGUGUAAGGUCCGCAGUGACGUCAAGCCGGUGAUUCAGUGGCUGAAGAGGGUGGAGCCGGGGGACGAGAACAAGUACAACUCCACCAUCGAGGUGGGCGACCAUGGCUUCGUGGUGCUGCCCACGGGAGAGGUGUGGUCCAGGCCAGACGGCUCCUACCUCAACAAGCUGCUCAUCACCCGGGCCAAGGAGGAGGACGCUGGGAUGUACAUCUGUCUGGGUGCCAACACCAUGGGUUACAGCUUCCGCAGUGCUUACCUCACUGUCCUGCCAGACCCAAAGCCUCACCACACUCCCAUCCCCACGGCUACCUCUCCCAGCCUGCCCUGGCCUGUGAUCAUCGGCCUCCCAGCAGGGUUGGUGUUCAUCCUGGGUACUGUCCUGCUGUGGUUCUGUCAAUCCAAACGCCACUGCUCCUCUGGAGGUGUGGUCACCGCCCAGGCCCUGACCGUCUUACAGCGCCCGCCCCCACGGGUACCAGCCUGCCCCCCCAGCGGGGACAAAGACUGCCUGAGCUACUACAUGACCCAGCAGCAGCAGCUCCUCCUGGCCCAGGGAGGCAGCGGUCUGGCGGUCCCUAAAGUCUACCCAAAGAUCUACACAGACAUCCACACACACACACACUCACACAUGGAUGGAAAAGUGCACCAACACCAGCAUAUCCACUACCAAUGUUAGCUGCCACUGUCCUGACAGGCCCUCAUGUCUGCAGUGUUGGGUCAGCUCCCACCACCUCCCCUCCACAUGCCCAGUCCUGCUUUCCUCCUAAAGACCUAGCCAAACAGUCUGAGCUGGGGUCUGCACACAAACCCUCUUACUGUUAAAUACUAUACUGUACUGAACCAAGGCCCUGGGGAACAUGGACACAGUCAGGAUAGAUAGCACCCUCCAUGAGGUACAGAAUAAGGGACAUGGAAAUGCCUUCAGGAAUCCCACAUGAACUAAUGUGAGUCCAAAUGGAGCAAUAUUUCACACAGAACCCCACUCUGCAGAGAGAUGGCAACAUGUGUUUCUCUAGUCUGGUUCAAUCUGCACAAACUCACAGUGACUGAAAGGAGUGAAUGUAUAGAGUUAGCUCUGUCUCAUUUGAGAGUCUUUACUCUGUAGGAAAAUAGCAGCAUUUCCUGUAACACCUCUCUGGCCUUCAUGUGUCUGUGGAAGGGUCCAAGAGGAUUAUGUCAAUUAGCUCCACAUUUUUGUCAGAUGCACAGCCUCAGCAAGCACCAAAAGGAAUACGGUGCAAUGUUCACAGAUUUUAUGGAUUGCUGUUGGAUUGCAUCAGAAUCCAAAUGUGCCUUCACACAGAAGGUCAGAAGGAGAUCACCCAACAGAGACACAGCAGGAUUGAGUCAACAAAGAUUGCAUGUAUUUUAUUUCUCAAAAAGGUUUUGUUCAAGGAAAAGGACCUGCAAAGCAUUGCAGUCUUUUGUCUGUUGUAUGUGUACGUGAAUGGGAAAUGAUUUAUGGGUAAUAGGAAGUGGUAUGAAAUCCUGUAAAGAACGUUAUAAUUCCUAAGGCCGAUCAUAUUGUCACUAUCCUAAAAAAGAACCUAGAUACUAAAAUAUUCAGGAUUACAGCAAUGCAUGCAAUAAUUCCGUGUUCUUCUCGUUAUUACUUGGGUUUUACAGGUCACUGACAUGUGGGCGUCAUGGUCAGUGGUACUGUUGGGCUGAUCCAAACCCCAGGGGCACCCAAUCACAAAAGAACUUGUUCAACUUUUGAAUUCUCAGGUGGCCAUCUUUCUUUUUGUCUCUUGUUCUUUGGGUGUGUAUAGGGUAUAACUCUGACCACUAUAGGAAACUGUGGAAUAUGCUCAUGUAAUGGAACCCUUUUUUUGAGAAGAGAAACGGAAAGCUUCCCAAAAACCAAAAUACAGUAUGAUUGCUGCAUUGUCUGUGAAAAGUGUCCUCAAACUGAUUGUUCAGUUGUUCUGUGUUUUACCCCAGUAUUUGUUGUGUCAAAGCUAAUGGACUGCCAGAUUCAGAAUUCAUGCACUUAUUCCAAGUAUGUUGAUCAAAGUAGUGUUAAAGUUCAUCUAUUACUUUCAGCCUUUUGGGGGGAAUCUAGAAUCAUGGAAUAUACCCUGUUGAAUUGACCUAAAAAUUGAAAUCCUAAGUAAUUGUCUAGACUCAAAAUAUAUAUAUAUAUUUAUACACAGUGCAUUCUGAAAGUAUUCAGACCCCUUGACUUUUUUGUUUUUCUCCUCAAUCUACGCACAAUACCCCAUAAUGGAAACGCAAAAACAGGUUUAGACAUUUUUGCACAUGUAUACUUUUAUUUAUUUUUUAUAUCACAUUUACAUAAGCAUUCAGACCCUUUACUCAGUACUUUGUUGAAGCACCUUUGGCAGCGAUUACAGCCUUGAGUGUUCUUGGGUGUGACGCUACAAGCUUGGCACACCUGUAUUUGGGGAGUUUCUCCCAUUCUUCUCUGCAGAUCCUCUCAAACUCUGUCAGGUUUAAUAGAGCACAGCUAUUUUCAGGUCUCUCCAGAGAUGUUCAAACGGGUUCGAGUCUGGACUCUGCUGGCUGUGUGCUUCGGUUUCUUGCCCUGUUGGACGCUGAACCUUCGCCCCAGUCUGAGGUCCUGAGCGCUCUGGAGCAGGUUUUCAUCAAGUAUCUCUCUGUACUUUGCUCCGUUCAUCUUUCCCUCGAUCCUGACUAGUCUUCCAGUCCCUGCUGCUGAAAAACAUCCCCACAGCAUUGUGCUGCCACCACCGUGCUUCACAGUAGGGAUGGUGCCAGGUUUCUUCCAAACGUGACACUUAGGAUUCAGGCUAAAGUGUUCAAUCUUGGUUUCAUCAGACAAGAGAAUCUUGUUUCUCAUGGUCUGAGAGUCCUGUAAGUGCCUGUUGGAAAACUCCAAGCUGCCUGUCAGGUGCCUUUUACUGAGGAGUGGUUUCUGUCUGGCCACUACCAUAAAGGCCUGAUUGGUGGAAUGCUGCAGAGAUGGUUGUCCUUCUGGAAGGUUAUCCCAUCUCCACAGAGGAACUCUGGAGCACUGUCAGAGUGACCAUCAGGUUCAUGGUCACCUCCCUGACCAAGGUUCUUCUCCCCCGUUUGCUCAGUUUGGCCGGGCGGCCAUCUUGGUGGUUCCAAACUUCUUCCAUUUAAGAAUGAUGGAGGCCACUGUGUUCUUGGGGAUCUUUAAUGAUGCAGACAUUUUUUUGGUACCCUUCCACAGAUCUGUACCUUGACACAAUCCUGUCUCAGAGCUCUACGGACAAUUCCUUUCGACCUCAUGGCUUGGUUUUUGCUCUGACAUGCACUGUCAACUGUGGGACCUUAUAUAGACAGGUGUGUGCCUUUCCAAAUCAUGUCCAAUCAAUUGAAUUUACCACAGGUGGUCUCCAAUCAAGUUGUUGAAACAUCUCAAGGAUGGUCAAUGGAAAACAGAUGCACCUGAGCUCAAUUUAGAGUCUCAUAUCAAAGGAUCUGAACACCUAUGUAAAUAAGGUAUUUCUGUGUUCUAUGUUUAAUACAUUUGCUAAAAUUUCUAAAAAGCUGUUUUUGCUUUGUCAUUAUGGUUUAUUGUGUGUAGAUUGAUGAGGGAAAAAAAUGUAUUUAAUCCAUUUUAGAAUAAGGCUGUAACAUAACAAAAUGUGGGAAAAGUCAAGGGGUUUGAAUACCCUCCGAAUGCACAUACACAGUUCUGUGAAAAAGUUUCCCCCCCUUCUAAUUUUCUCUACUUUUGCAUAUUUUUGAUACUGAAUGUUAUCAGAUCUUCAACCAAAACCUCAUAUCAGAUAAAGGAAACCUGAGUGAACAAAUAACACAACAAUGACUUAGUUAUUUCAUUUAUUUCAUAAACAAAGUUAUGCAACACCCAAUGCCCCUGGCUGAAAAAGUAAUUGCCCCCUUACACUGGUUGUGCCACCUUUCGCUGCAAUGACUCCAACCAAACGCUUCCUGUAGUAGUUGAUCAGUCUGUCACGUCUCUGUGGAGGAAUUUUGGCCCACUCUUCCAUGCAGAACUGCUUUAACUCUGGGUUUUCAAGCAUGAACUGCUCGUUUCAAGUCCUGCGACAACAUCUCAAUUGGGAUUAGGUCUGGACUAGGCCAUUUCAAAAAAAAAUUGCCAUUUUCAUGUAGACUUGAUUGUGUGUUUUGGAUUAUUGUCUUGCUGCAUGACCCAGCUAUGCUUCAGCUCACAGACGAAUGGCCUGACAUUCACCUGUAGAAUUCUCUGAUACAUAGCAGAAUUGAUGGUUCCUUAUAUUAAGGUACUUGCCUGUGGCAGCAAAGCAUCCCAAACUAUCUUGGCUGUUGGUAUAAGGUUCUUACUGUGGAAUGCAGUGUUUGGUUUUUGCCAGGCGUAAUGGGACCCAUGUCGUUCACAAAAUUAUACUUUGACUCAUCUGUCCAUAGAACAUUCUUCCAAGCGUCUUGAUGAUCAUCCAGGGUCUUUUUGGCAAAUUUGAAUAAACUUUUUGGAAGAGAUGGGUUUCAUUAUAUCCGGCGAAAACCAACCACAAUCAAGUGUACAUGAAAAUGGUUUAAAUGCAACAAAUUUGAAGUUUUUGAAUAGCCUAGUCAAAGUCCAGACAAAUCCCAAAUGAGAUGUUGUCGCAGGACUUGAAACGAGCAGUUCAUGCUUGAAAAACCGUCAAUGUUGCUGAGUUAAAGCAGUUCUGCAUGCUAGAGUUGGCCAAAAUUCCUCCACAGCGAUAUGAGAGAUUGAUCAACAACUACAGGAAGCAUUUGGUGGCAGUCAUUGCAGCUAAAGGUCGCACAACCAGUUAUUAAGUGUAAGGGGGCAAUUCAUUUUUCACCCAGGUGAAUUUGGUGCGGAAGGUAACCUGCUGGUUAGAGCAUUGGACCCGUAACUGAAAGGUUUCUGGAUCGAAUCCCCUGACAAGGUAACAAUUUGUCGUUCUGCCCCUGCACAAGGCAGUUAGCCCACUGUUCCCCAGUAGGCCGUCAUUGGAAAUAAGAAAUUGUUCUUUGAAGAUGGGUCUUUGACAUAGUUCAAUACAAAAAUCUAAAAUUGAGUGUUGCAAUACUUUGUUAAAUAGAUCAAAUAAGUGUCAAUUUUUUUGAUAUUUAUAAACUAAGGUUCCCUAUUAGGUUUUGAAAUCUGAUUCACUAUUGAAAAUAUACAAAAAUAGAGAAAAUCAGAAAGGGGGCAAACACUUUUUAUUUUUAUAUAUAUACACACAGUAUAUCAAAAUUCAAAAGUUUGGACACACCUACUCAUUCAAGGGUUUUUCUUCAUGUUUACUAUUUUCUACAUUUUUGAAUAAUAGUGAAGACAUCAAAACUAUAAAUAACACAUAUGGAAUCAUCUAGUAACCAAAAGAGUGUUAAACAAGUCAAAAUAUAUUUUGCCUUGAUGACAGCUUUGCACACUCUUGGCAGUCUCUCAACCAGCUUCCCCUGGAAUGCUUUUCCAACACUCUUGAAGGAGUUCCCACAUGUGCUGAGAACGUGUUGGCUGCUUUUCCUUCACUCUGCAGUACAACUCAUCCCAAACCAUCUCAAUUGGGUUGAGGUCAGGUGAUUGUGGAAACCAGGUCAUCUGAUGCAGCACUCCAUCACUCUCCUCCUUGGUGAAUUAGCCCUUACAUAGCCUGGAGGUGUGUUGGGUCAUUGUCCUGUUGAAAAACAAAUGAUAGUCCCACUAAGCACAAACCAGAUGGGAUGGUGUAUUGCUGCAGAAUGCUGCUGUGGUAGCCAUGCUGGUUAAGUGUGCCUUGAAUUCUAAAUGAAUCACCAACAGUGUCACAAGCAAGGCACCAUCACACCAUCUCCUCCAUGCUUCAUGGUGGGAACCACGCAUGCAGAGAUCAUCCGUUCACCUACUCUGCGUCUCACAAAGACAUGGCUGUUAGAACCAAAAAUCUCAUAUUUGGACUCAUCAGACCAAAGGACAUAUUUCCACUCGUCUAAUGUCCAUUUACCCAUUUUUUUCUACCCAAUUUUGUGGUAUCUAAUUGGUAUUUAGUCUUGUCGCAUCGCUGUAACUCCCAUACGGACUCAGGUGAGGCGAAGGUCGAGAGGCGUGCGUCCUCCGAAACACAACCCAACCAAGCCACACUGCUUCUUGACACAAUGCCCACUUAACCCGGAAGCCAGCCGCACUAAUGUGUCUGAGAAAACACCGUACACCUGGCGACCGUGUCAGAGUGCACUGUGCCCGGCCCGCCACAGGAGUCGCUAGUGCGCGAUGGGACCAGGACAUACCUGCCGGCCAAAUCCUUCCCUAACCUGGACAACGCUGGGCCAAUUGUGUGCCUCCCCAUGAGUUUCCCCAUUAGUUGGCCAAAACAACCUGGACUCGAACCAAGAAUCUCUAGUGGCACAGCUAGCACUGCGAUGCAGAGCCUUAGAUCACUGCGCCACUCGGAAGGCCCCUUUGCUCAUAUUUCUAGGCCCAAGCAAGUCUCUUCUUCGUAUUGGUGUCCAUUAGCAGUGGUUUCUUUGCAGCAAUUUGACCAUAAAGGCCUGAUUCACGCAGUCUCCUCUGAACAAUUGAUGUUGAGAUGUGUCUGUUUCUUUAACUCUGUGAAGCAUUUUUUUGGGCUACAAUUUCUGCUAAUGAAGGAGGUUUUAUGCCGGCUCUUAUUUUAUUUUUGACAAGCGCGCGUCUCUGCGACAACACAUGCCUCCUUCACUCUAUAGAUUUUUGGGCUCAUGCAUUAAAAAAAAGCAUGUAGAGGUCUGUCAUUUUUUAUCAUAGGUACACUUCAACUGUGAGAGACGGAAUCUAAAAUAAAAUCCAGAAAAGCCCAUUGUAUGAUUUUUAAGUAAUGAAUUUGCAUUUUAUUGCAUGACAUAAGUAUUUGAUACAUCAGAAAAGCAGAACUUAAUAUUUGGUACAGACACCAUUGUUUGCAAUUACAGAGAUCAUACGUUUCCUGUAGUUCUUGACCAGGUUUGCACACACUGCAGCAUGGAUUUUGGCCCACUCUUCCAUACAGACCUUCUCCAGAUCCUUCCUUGCUGUCGCUGGGCAAUAUGGACUUUCAGCUCCCUCCAAAGAUGUUCUAUUGGGUUCAGGUCUGGAGACUGGCUAGGCCACUCCAGGACCUUGAUAUGCUUCUUACAGAGCCACUCCUUAGUUGCCCUGGCUGUGUGUUUCGGGUUGUUGGCCAAUAUCUCGCGAUACAUGGCCCCAUCCAUCCUCCCCUCAAUACGGUGCAGUCGUCCUGUCCCCAAAGAAUGAUGUUUCCACCUCUAUGCUUCACAGUUGGGAUGGUGUUCUUGGGGUUGUACUCAUCCUUCUUCCUCAAAACACGGUGAGUGGAGUUUAGACCAAAAAGCUCUAUUUUUGUCUCAUCAGACCACAUGACCUUCUCCCAUUCCUCCUCUGGAUCAUCCAGAUGGUCAUUGGCUAACUUCAGAUGGGCCUGGACAUGCUCUGGCUUGAACAGGGGGACCUUGCAUGCUCUGCAGGAUUUUAAUCCAUGACGGCGUAGUGUGUUACUAAUGGUUUUCUUUGAGACUGUGGUCCCAGCUCUCUUCAGGUCAUUGACCAGGUCCUGCCAUGUAGUUCUGGGCUGAUCCCUCACCUUCCUCAUGAUCAUUGAUGCCCCACGAGGUGAGAUCUUGCAUGGAGCCCCAGACCGAGGGUGAUUGACCGUCAUCUUGAAUAUAUAUAUAUAUCCCAUUUAGCAGACGCUUUUGUCCAAAGCGACUUACAAGUCGGCUGGGGCCACUACUUUCACAUACGGGUGGCCCCAGCGGGAAUCGAACCCACGACGCUUGGCGUUGCAAGCGCCAUGCUCUACCGACUGAGCCAGACAGGACCCUGAACUUCUUCCAUUUUCUAAUAAUUGCGCCAACAGUUGUUGCCUUCUCACCAAGCUGCUUGCCUAUUGUCCUGUAGCCCAUCCCAGCCUUGUGCAGGUCUACAAUUAUAUCCCUGAUGUCCUUACACAGCUCUCUGGUCUUGGCCAUUGUGGAGAGGUUAGAGUCUGUUUGAUUGAGUGUGUGGACAGGUGUCUUUUAUACAGGUAACGAGUUCAAACGGGUGCAGUUAAUACAGGUAAUGAGUGGGGAACAGGAGGGCUUCUUAAAGACAAACUAACAGGUCUGUGAGAGCCAGAAUUCUUACUGGUUGGUAGGUGAUCAAAUACUUGUCAUGCAAUAAAAUGCAAAUUAAUUACUUAAAAAUCAUACAAUGUGAUUUUCUGGAUUUUUGUUUUAGAUUCCGUCUCCCACAGUUGAAGUGUACCUAUGAUAAAAAUUACAGACCUCUACAUGCUUUGUAAGUAGGAAAACCUGCAAAAUCGGCAGUGUAUCAAAUUCUUGUUCUCCCCACUGUAAUAAUUAUAAAAAAUAUAUAUUUUUCAUGUUUAAAAAAGACUAACUGUUUUAGUGUGGGGAAAACAACCAGGUUCUAUUUUGUAUAGGGUACCUCUGCAGCAUUUUGUAUAGGGUACCUCUGGGUCUUCUUUUCCUGUGGUGGUCCUCCAUGAGAGCCAGUUUCAUCAUAGCGUUUGAUGGUUUUUGCGACUGCACUUGAAGAAAUUUUAAAUGUUCUUGAAAUGCUCCAUAUUGACUGACCUUCAUGUCUUAAAGUAAUGAUGGACUGUCAUUUCUCUUUGCUUAUUUGAGCUGUUCUUGCUGUAAUAUGGACUUGGUCUUUUACCAAAUAGGGCUAUCUUCUGUAUACCAGCAAUACUUGCCACAACACAACUGAUUGGCUCAAAAGCAAAAAUGUACUUUUAACAAGGCACACCUGUUAAUUGAAAUGCAUUCCAGGUGACUACCUCAUGAAGCUGGUUGAGAGAAUGCCAAGAGUGUGCAAAGCUGUCAACAAGGCAAAGGGUUGCUUCUUUGUAGAACUUCAAAUAUAAAAUAUAUUUUGAUUUGUUGAACAUUUUUUUGGUUACUACAUGAUUCCAUAUGUGUUAUUGAAUAGUUUUGAUGUCUUCACUAUUAUUCUACAAUGUAGAAAAUAGUGCAAAUAAAUAACCCUUGAAUGAGUAGAUGUGUUCAAACUUUUGACUGGUACUGUAUAUCAAUGCCUACUUUAAUUUAAUUUCAUAAACAAGAAUUAUAUAUUUUUCUUUACAAUUGGGCAUUAUGCAAAAAAUAAAAUAGCACCUCAUCAGUGGAUGACAUUUUGUCUUAUAGUUACAGUGUAAGUAAGCUAUGUAGCAAAUAUGUAUCAAGUGUAAAAUAUUCAUAUGUGCCAUUCAGAUAUUCAAAACAUUAUUGGUAAACUUUCUAUAGACAAUCUUGUACAGUCUAUUGUCUUUUAGGUUCAAUAUGUUUUUGUCACAUGGAAACAUUUUAAUAAUUUUAUCAACGUCAUUAAAAUGGUAGUUAAUCUUU